GCAAGCCCAACUCGAUUUUUCUGGGAUUUACUUCGCCCUAGAAAGAAACAUGACCUGAUUUCGACAGGAGUAUAUAAGCUCCCUUCGGUAUCCGAAAAAAUUACGUACUACGUAUAUAAUUCUUCGACAUCCAGUUCCAGGUAUUUCAUUUUACUCUCCUCCAUGUAUCAAUUAAAAGAUAUGGCGGGCAGUUUCUGGAUUUUUAUCACUGCGUAAUUAUUAUGGGUACCUUCAGAUUUUCAUUUCAUUAGCUCCACUCCACAGCUCAGUUCUUCAUGUCAUCAGUGCUUAGAUUUCUUCAUUUGGAGUGAUCUGGUUCGAUGUUCGAAUCUGCGUUUGCUAGUUAAUGUGUGUGUAGAACUUUAAAUGUUUGGAGGCAUAAUCUCAGCUUUGAAAAUGACACGCACAUAUUCUCCCUGUUUUUGAUGUUUUUUUAGAAGCUUUUGUUGUUUGUUCUAUUUCAUAAUUUAUAAGAUUAUGCCUUGUUAUUAACCUUAGAUUACAUUUAUUAAAAUUCAACCUUUACUUGAAUAAAUUGCACCUAACUUGAAUAAGACGCACAUUUGAAUCAAUAUUUGUAAAUGUAGAUAACAAAAUUAAGACGCACAUUUGAUUAAAUAUCCAAAUUCAUUGAAAUAGUUAAAAAUGUAGAUGCAAAAUCUUGACGAAAUGUACAACUUCAUUUCGCAAUUGGUUACCCCUUUAUCCACAUCUCCAUUGUCCUCUCUUACUUUCUUAUUAAGUACGGAGUAACAAAUACGAAGUAAGAAUUAAUGGAUGGAGUACGAUACAACUGUUGAUUUUAAGCAUUUCGUUUUCCCAUGUUAAAGUUGUUUCUUCCAUUGACUGAAUAAAAUGUACUACAUAUUAAAUUCUGAGAACUUAAAUGAUAUUGUAGGGAAUCUUAUACGUAGUAUAAGACAUGGUGAGAGUUAGUGUUUUGAACGAUGCUCUCAAGAGCAUGUACAAUGCUGAGAAGAGAGGGAAGCGUCAGGUCAUGAUUAGACCUUCUUCCAAAGUAAUCAUCAAGUUUCUCCUGGUUAUGCAAAAGCAUGGUUACAUUGGAGAGUUUGAGUACGUUGAUGAUCACAGGUCUGGAAAAAUUGUUGUUGAGCUGAAUGGAAGGCUGAAUAAAUGUGGGGUUAUCAGUCCACGUUUUGAUGUUGGUGUCAAAGAUAUUGAAGGUUGGACUGCCAAAUUGCUUCCUUCUAGACAGUUUGGUUACAUCGUGCUGACAACCUCAGCCGGGAUCAUGGACCACGAGGAAGCCAGAAGAAAGAAUGUUGGUGGCAAAGUACUUGGUUUCUUUUACUAGGAUUCGUGUCUCCAUUAGACAGAACCUCCAGUUCUGGUGUGCGUUUUUUGUGUUUUCUGGAAAACAUUAUAUUAUCAAUGUGACUAGUCUUUAGUAAAGACCAGAGGAGAUUCGUAUGUCAACCGUACCUACUCUACCGACACGAGUGGAUCUUGGGUCAAAUGAAUCCAACGGAAUCAAAUAUCCAAAUAUUUGGAUUUGAUUAAUUUACUUGGAAUUUGGAAUAGAAUCAGAUUUGUAAAACAUGUUUGAUACAUUUUGGAUUUGAUUCAAAUAUUUAUAUUGUAAUAUACUCUGUAUGAAGCAGUUUAACCUUAAUUCAUUAUUUUCCUAAUGAAUGAAUGUACAUGAGUUUCAAUCCGUGCCUCCGUGGUCAGUUUCAG